AGUAAGCCUCCAUCUAAUGAUAAUGAAUUUCAGAAACUAGCAGCUCUUAAGAUUUAGGACCAAAGAGUAACCAAUGCUCCUCUUUGUUUAGGACCUAAAUUUUGGGUAAUGAAAGGAUUUUAUAAAAUUAUAAAAACAAAUGUCAAUUUGUAAAAAUCAUAGAUGGCGGCUGUGAAAAUUGCUUUAAAUCAAACAGUAACUCUUUGACUCUCCUCUUUCCUUUAAAUGGAACACAAAAAUUGCUUUAACCGGCUACUCAAGUGUAUUAGAGUAGAAUCAUUUGAAUAGUUAACUUGUCGUAUUAAUGACUUACUAGUUUAUCAAUCUUCUACAAUUAACUAAUUUUGACCAAGUUAUAAAUGAUUUGUAAAUGGAAAGUCUCUGGAAGUUUCAAGCGGAUAUUAAUGAAAUAAAUUGGAAUUCAAUGACUGGUUAAUGUCUUUGAAUGCUCAACUUCUCCUUUAUUCAAUCUAAAUUUUUGGUUAAAUUAAACUCAAAGUAGAUUUUUAUUCGUGUAAUUUUGAUCAGUGCAACAUAAAAAUUAUACUUGGCGCCAAAAAAGCCAAUAAUAAUUGAAAAAGAAAUGACCGCCAGUUCUCACGCCAUCUCUAACCAAGUAUCAAUUCGAAAUUCAUUCUCCUAAGUAAAGUUACUUAUUUGCGUUAUUUUAUACUGCUCCGUCAAUCAAAUUAUUACUUGCAGGUCCAAAUUUCCUCUACUGAAUCACCAUUUUAUUAUUUGAUUACUAUUUUUUACAGAUGAGUAACUAAUUUUGAUCGAAUUUGCAGUCUAGUAAUGAGUCAAGUGGAAUGCCUUGAUCCACAAUUUGAAUGUGGCCUUUAUGAAGUCUGGUGUAGGGGUAUCAUUGACGCACUCAUCUAUAAAUUAAACAGUCAAGAUGAGGAUACAAAUCACCCCAAUGGACUAACAUUGGAAGAAAAGUUUUCUCAUUAUAAAGGCCAAUUAGAUCUGCCAAACUUGCGAAAGUUGAAACCAGAUCUUUACGAAAUCCUGUUGUCAAAUGUCGGACAUCUCUUGAGAAAAGUAUGCUCAGAAAUUCCUGAUCCAUGUGAUAAAUUAUCAUUUCAAUCACGAUUCUUGGAAAAUAUUUUCUUGAAUGUACUGCGAGAAAAUGCACUUCUUACGGAACCAACAAAAUAUUAUUAUGAAUCAGUUCUAGACAUUUUCUCUCAAACCACAUUCGGAUUACCCUUUUUCAUUGAUCUCAUGAGUGAUCAAGGAUGGUAUAAAUAUGGAUCCAAACUUCUUGCUCUUUUUUCUGACGAAGAUCAAGUCAAAACCAUCUUGACCAAGCUGGAGGAACUUUCUUGUGAUACACAUCUUACCGUCUUGAAAGUUAUAUGGUUUAUCGAAGCAUCUCUAACUAAAUACGAAGAUGAUGAUGCGUUGCUGAGGUUUCUUGAAGAAGCAAAUCUAUUAAGAGAACAAUCUUCAGUAAAAACAUUUGACUUGAGAGAAAAUUUAAAUAUAUAUCUUUCGAUACUCAAUGUUUACCUUGAAGCCUUUUUAGUAAACACUGCUAAAGUGGCUGCACGUGAAUGGGGCUUGGAUAAGCCAGUUGAUCCAAAUAACUGUCAAUCUGAUAAAAAACUACCUAAAAUUACAAUAGGAUUUCAACCAGUUUCAUCAAUAAGUUCUCUUAUUUCAGAUCUAGAGAAGAAUUUGUUUCCUGAUCAGCAAUAUUCUAACGCGGACCUUCUUAUUGACUGUUUCAAAGACCCAAAAAGUGCUGCUAUUCUUGAAAUGAUUGCCUCGAUCUCUGGAAUUUAUGAGCUUCUAAAAGUUAUAGCUGCAGAAAUUGAAGCUUGGCCGUUAGACCAGCUGAAGUUUGACGUAUUUGAUGCCAUAAAAUCUGCCUGGGACGUAGGGAAAGAUAAAGCUGACGCAAUUGAACUUUCUUUCUGGGGGCUUUUUUCACUCAAGCGUUUCUUUGCUCCAGAUCGUGAGGAAUGUCGUUUUCUCACAAUUGCAGUUCUCAACACUGGAGUACCAAAAUGUAUCGAUAUUUUGGAAGUAGUUUCAUCUGAAACUUACCUAGAUCCGUACGUAAUGCAUGCCUUGGGUAAUGCUAUAGCGAGAUCUGAAAGAGUUGAAUAUAUGGAUGACCUUAUUCUGAUUCUCAAAAGAGUUCUUAGAUCUCUCAAAUCUAGAAAACGUAUUACAGCAUUCUUCAAAGCUCGAGUAGAUUUAUUUGGACUUUUUACUUAUGGCAAGCCACACAAAAGUAAACUCGAUUUGCUGAUAAAUCAUUACUCGUCUGGGUCCAUCAUGUAUGAUCAAGUUCGGGAUGACAUUUUAUUAAGUGCAUACAUUUCUCCCUAUAAUUUUCUCGAACGAAUAAUUGCUGAUGCUCUGGAACAUCGUCACACCAUGUUACCUUUUUUAUGCAAGUUAUUCUGUAUGGAAUUGUCUCCUGUUUGUGCUUCUGUUGUUGACACAAGAUUUGACAAUACUUGUCUAGAAACUUUACUGAAUAGUCGACUCUCGACGCCUCCAUCAAAUGUCACUGUUCAAGGUUUAAUGAUCGUCAUCAAAGAAAUUCAUACAUAUUAUUCUCAUGCUAAAAACCCGGUACUACCCAGAGUAUUCACAUUGGAAAGGCUUAUGUUAUGUUUUGCUUGGGAUGGAUGCUGUGACCCAUUAUAUUCUGUUGAAGCAAAACUUUCAAUAUUUAAAUUAAUUCAAAGCUUGUCUGAUGCUUAUGACACUCCGUGGGAUUUGGUCAAGAAGGAACCUUUCAAUAUUGUUUAUAAUUUGCUGCAAUUUAUUGAUUACUUUUGUUAUGAUGGAAGUAGGAAGGACGGUAUACUCAGUAUUAUUGAAUACGUAAUGACCAAAAAAGUUUGUCGCAAGUUAACGGAUUCAGAAUUUGAGUGGAUACGAGCUCGUUCAAAUUUUCACGAUGAAGAACCCUGUUUGUUGGCUCUUCUUCAACCGUGGCUUCAAAGUAGGCUGAGUAAAUUUAUUGACGUAUCUAAGAUGAAAGCUGUUGAAGUUUUAUUGCUUGCUGCCUUUUGUAAAGACAAUGUCUGGGUUCGUUAUGCCAAUCGUCCUCGAAUUUUUAAUGACUAUUACCUCAAAGGACAACUUGCAUUCAUGCUGAGGAUUAUCAGUCGAGAUGAUUAUGAUAAUUUAUUUUACUUCUUAUGUCAUUUCCUUACAAUCGACGAAACUAUUUGUGCACUGGUUCGGGGUUAUGAGUCACAAGUAGAAUAUGGACCAAUUAACACUGAAUAUAUAACUAAUUGUUUACUCGAUUGUUUUGAGUUCCAUUGUGAGAAUUAUUACAAAGAGCCUCAUAAUUAUCAUUGUAAAAAAGUAAUUAAACCAGGGCUUCCCAAAGAAAAGCUUCUUCCAUUAGCAUUUCGGCAUAUAAAUCACAUGUAUGACUUCUUGUCAGCGACCAGCGCUGAUGCAGAAAGAAUCGGUAAAACAUUGACAAAGUUUGCUCAGCAGAUGAAGGAACUUAAUGUCGAUGCUUUCAAAUGGUUCUUCGAGAAGGAUGUUCCCCUCGAUAUGCGAUCAAAACACAUUUUACGGGAACUUUAUGGACCGCUGUACCAUAUACCGAAGCCAUAUAAAGAACCUUCCCUUAGACCUGGAUAAAAGUGUUUAUGCCUUAUGGAAUGAAUCCUCCAUGGAGGUUAAUCGAUCACUUUGUGAAAAGGAAAAAGUUGCCUUUGAAACAACUUAUGGGCAAAAUGAUCUUCAAGUAUCAAACCAAAUUAACUGUUGGAAUAACUUGAAUCUUUUGCUCGCAUUCGUAUAAAACCCAUCUUCAUUUCAUUGUUUUUCAUCACUUUAAAUAUUUGUUAUUUGUUUCUUUAAAUUGUUUACUUUUGUAUUUAAACAAGAACUAAAAUAGAUAAAAUCCAAAUUAUUAACGUAAAA